CCGACCACCUUCGAUCUUCCGCUUCUGACAGUGAGGAAGCGUUGCUGACACCGUCGUCGUCCUCUCCUUCGCCGACGCCUGCGCCCAAGCCGCCGAACCAGCUCCCCCGAGAGACCUCUUCCCUCGUAGUCCUUGUCCUCGCCUCGCUGUCACGGCUACUGGUAUCUGGUUGGCGUUGACUGGAUAUCCGGCAGGACUUCGUAUUAAUUUUUCACGGUGUCAGCCGUCCUCCAUCUUCUGCGUGCUCAGCAUCGGGCCCGACCUCUCUCAAUCGGCGCCUUAGGACUUGGGCUCCGAGGUGAGGGCGCAGUUCGAUCCGCACCAGCAAAAUUGGAGGCUCAAGUGGACCUCGAUGCCGUCGGCACCUGGGGAGAAGAAUCCCCAAGAUGCUCCGGGGCCUGCGACUGCACCUCCGCUGGUGCAGGCUCUCAGGCCUGUCGAUGGCACAGGCAGUUCCACCAUAGACCUGAGGCUAGCGCAGCAGUCUUGGCCCGGCAAUGUAGUGCUCCUGCGCCCUUGCGUGCCCUGGCCUCCUCAGGUGCCUGUCCAGCUGCUGCUUAAUCCUGCAAAUCCACAGAAAAAUGCAGAUGCUAUGGUUGAUGUGGCUGCAGCAGAUGUUAACCCUGCAAUCGAUAGCUGUGAUGAUAAUAUGUUGCCCAAGAUGAAUAUGCUGUUCGAUGGCGAGAAUGAUGCGUAUGAGUUCUACAAUGCGUAUGCGGAGAAGGUGGGCUUCUUUGUCCGGAGGUCAACGCUCUGGACAACCUCAAAGAACAUAAUCACUAGGAGAACUUUUGUUUGCUCAAGAGAGGGUUUCCGGGAAAAGAAGAAGGGGGCCAAGGAAGCAAAGUGCCCACGCCCUGAAACAAGAAUUGGGUGCCCUGCGAGCUUGACCAUUAGACUUACUGCUAACGGCAAGUAUCGUUUGACAGAGUUUGUACCGAAUCAUAACCAUCAGCUGGCAACGGCAUCUACAAUUCAUAUGCUCAAAGCAAAGAAAAUCAGGCGCAAAGCACGGGCUGUGAGAGAAAAUCUGGUCGAUGAUACUGUUAGUACGCCAGAAUUUGAAAAUGAAGAUGAGGCAUAUGAAUUUUACAGCAUGUAUGCAGGAAAAAUUGGGUUCAAUGUGCGAAGGGCUAGCAUGACAGUGAAUACUGAGAAUGUUAUAACCAGAAGAAUGUUUGUUUGUUCGAAAGAGGGUUUCCGUGAGAAGAAAAGAGGAGUGAAAAGAGUAAAGAAGCCUCGACCGGAGACACGAACUGGCUGUCCGGCAUGUAUGGUCAUCAGGCUUGGAACUAAUGGCAAAUAUCAAGUCACAGAAUUUGUUACCUUUCAUAAUCACCAGCUUGGGGCUGCAGCAGCGUCUGAUCUCGUCAUGGCAUCUCAGAGUACAGAAAAUGAUCAAGAUGAUGGAGUUGAUCUGGCAGAUAGAUCACCUGAUGAUUCUGUUCACAAGCAAAAUCUUAUUAAUGAAAGUGUCACUAUAAAUUUCCUAGAAGGUAGAAGUUGCAAAAGAUACAAGUGUACAAAGACUCCACACUAUGGUGAUGUUGGUGCUACUCUAGAGUACCUUCAAAGGAUGCAACAUGAUAACCCUUCAUUCUUCUAUGCUGUAAAAUCUGAUGAGAAUGGGAACUUUACAAAUUUUUUCUGGGCGGAUUCAAAGUCUAUUAUUGAUUUUGUCUAUUUCGGUGAUGUAGUAUGUUUUGAUUCAGGAUAUGCAUUGCAACGCUAUGGCAGGCCACUUGCUUUGUUUACAGGUUUGAAUCAUCAUAAGCAAACAGUUAUCUUUGGUGCUGCAUUACUUUAUGAUGAAAGUAAUGAGGCUUUCAGAUGGUUAUUAGAUACUUUCAACAUGGCAAUGAAUGGAACACAUCCGAAGACAUUGUUAACUGAUAGAUCUGCUGCAAUAAGUGAAGCUGUUGCGGCCACAUUGCCUGCUACAGCCCAUCGUUAUUGUGUGUGGCAAAUUUACCAACAUGCUCUUCAGCAGUUGAGUCAAGCUUUCCAGGGUUCAAAAACUCUAGAAGGCAACUUCAAGAGAUGUCUAUUUGAUUGUGAGGAUGAGGAGGAGUUUUUGACAGCAUGGAAGGAAAUGUUGGAAAAGUAUGACCUAGAAGAUAAUCAAUGGCUAGCAGAUUUGUUCUCAAUUAAGGAGAAAUGGGCACUGCCAUAUGGCCGUGAUGCAUUUUAUGCUGAUAUGAAAAGUGUCCAGCAGAAGGAAAGCUUGACGAGUGAGUUGAAAAAACAUUUAAGCUUGGAAUAUGGCCUUUUAAACUUCUUUGAGCACUUUGAAAAACUGUUAUGUGAUCGUCGAUCUGCAGAGCUGGAAUUUGAUGUGAAUGCUAACCAGAGCACAAAGAAGCCACCAUCUAUGCGAAUGUUAAGGCAAGCUGCCAAUGUAUAUACACCUGCUGCCUUUAAAAUGUUUGAGAGGGAAUUUGAAUUAUACAUGGAUUGCAUGCUUUACAGCUGUGGUGAGAUGGGAACAAUUUUCGAGUACAGGAUAAGUGUUGAAGACAAUCCAAAAGAUCAUUUUGUUAAAUUCAAUUCGCGCAAUUCCAUGAUGAAUUGUACUUGUAAGACGUUUGAGUUUAUUGGCAUCCCAUGUCGCCAUAUGCUGAAGGUACUUGACACAAGGAAUAUCAAGGACCUUCCUGUUCAGUAUAUCGUGAAAAGGUGGAGGAAGGAUGCCAAAUCAGGAUCUUCAAAUAGUGGUUGCGCUUUCUCAUUUGAUGGUGAUCCUGAGUCUGCUCAUACGAAAUGUUACAAUUUACUGUGUCGCAUAUUCAGCAUAGCAGCGGCUAGGGCUGCAACCUCUGCAGAAUCAUUCACAUAUAUGGAAAACCAGUCAAACAUACUGAUGGAUCAAGUAGAGCAAGUUAUUCAAACCAGGCCGCCUGACAUUGUUGACCUUAUUGGUGCUAACUGUGACCGAACUCAAAAUUCAGUUGACAAUAUUGUCACUGAAGGCAUUCACAGUCAUACUAAUUUUCUUAAUGGCUCCGCUGAUGGCUCUCUAACAUUUCCGUUCACAUUGGGUGCUGGCGCAUUGGAUUACCGCUGACAGGCCUGAUAUUGUUUCUGCUGUAGCUCUUCACCUGAAGAAAGUCAAGCAUUCUUUCCUUGACCAGCAUUUACUUGUAUAUACUUGCUGGGAAGGAUCUUAGGUGAGUUGGAAUAAGCAGCAAGAUGCGUUGGUCACGGCCUGGUGGUUGCUGUGCACAGCACUUCCAGGGACUUCCUGUGAUGGCAAUUUGAUAAGGUGAUGCUGCUGGGAGCUGCUGAUCUCUUAAGCAAUGCUAACAGUGCCCAUCUGAUCUGUUGUGUUUCUAACCCAUGCUGCAUGUACGAAGGUUUAUGACAUCAUUACAUCAAUAAUAUUGCACAACUGGCAAUCAGUUGCUGGUGUACUAA